GAGGCACAUCGCACAAUGCGGUCGCAGUUAAAGAUUUCGUAAGGCUUAAACAAUAUUUGGCAAAUGUCAUUGCUUGUGGUGCGUAAUGUUCCGGAAUGUGCUGUGUUUGGUGCUGGGCCUGAUUGUGGGCAUGCAGCUGACUGAGCUGUGGGACUAUGUGAUGCUCACAGGUAACGAAUACGAGAGCACCGCGAUUGCUGUGGACACGGCCGCGCCCACACCGCUGGCGAAGGCAACGCUGGCGGAUCGGCUUUACCAUGAGACGCGUGUGCUGUGCCUGGUGCUGACCAUGCCAACGCAGCAUAAGACUAAAGCAGCCAAGGUGCUGUCCACAUGGGGCGCACGCUGCAACAAGCUGAUCUUCUUGAGCAGUCAGGAUGAUGUCGAGUUGGGCGCUGUCAAUCUCAAUGUGACGGAGAGUCGUGACAAUCUGUAUACGAAGGUGCGUGCGGGUCUGGCCUACGCCUAUGAACAUUACGUGGAGGAUUACGACUGGUUUCUCAAGGCGGACGACGACACUUAUGUGGUUAUGGAAAAUCUGAGACUCUUUCUCUAUCCAUACGAUCCGGAGGCAGCCGUUUUCUUUGGUCAUCGAUUUCGCACAACCUAUCCACAUGGCUACAUGUCUGGCGGUGCUGGCUAUGUGCUCAGCCGCGAUGCACUGCGUCGCCUGAAUCUGUUUGCUCUGAACAAUACAAAGUUCUGUCCACUUAAUACUAAUGCGGAGGAUAGGCAAAUUGGACACUGCUUGCUGAAUGUGGGUGUGGUAGCUGGUGACUCUAGAGAUGAGCUGGCCCGCGAGCGCUUUCUGCCACUGCAUCCCAGGCAUCUGAUGCCCCGAAUACAGUCUGGUACUUGGCUGGAUAAAUAUGAUUACUUCAAGCCGAAUUUGAGCGAUUGCUGUUCCGAUUCCGGCAUCAGUUUCCAUUACACCAAGAUGUAUGACUAUGAUAUGUACGAGUUUUUUCUAUAUCAUCUGCGAAUCUUUGGACUUCCGAAAACGCCGAGUGUGCUGCCCCAGCGUUUGGACUAUAAACAGAUGGAGGAAAAGCUUGAAUAUUGGGAUCAGCAAAUAUCUGACAAUACUGCGCCAAUCGAGGAUUAAUUCAGCAUUAAUAAUAUUUCCUAGCGUAAAGUGAGACUUAUUAAUCGAUAAGUAAUUAGUUUAUUCGAAAAUUUUUAUGGAACUCUAUAUAUACUAAACUAUUUGUCCUGACUGAUCACGCACAGCCCAAAUCAAGACGGCUAUAUAACCUAUUUAUAUACUGGUGCAGGGUAUUAUAGUUCUGUCAGGUUGUAAUGUGUAAUGCAUAGAAGGAGACAUAUCCGACUCCAGUAUAUAUAUUCUAUAUCAAGAUCAAUAGCCGAGUUAACAUGGCCAAAUCCGUCCGUUCACCCGUCCGUCUGUCUGUUUUUAUGUGAACUCGUUUCUCUGUCUUAAAGCUUUCAUCUUGAAACAUUGUCUCCUUCUAUAUGACUAUAUAAUAUAGCUGUCAUAGUAACGAUCGGUUGAAAUUUAAGAUCUUUUAUGAAUAACUUUUAUUGGCAAAAUCCGGCAUUUACUAGUAAAGCUAGCUUGCUUAUAUAUGAGCCAAAUCCAUAUCGCACAACUAUAUUAUAUAACGCUAUUGGAAGAAUCGGUCGAUAGAUAAGUUUUUAUAUGGUAAAAUGUUAUAUUUUCCAAGAUAUCGUCAUCAAACUCCGUAUUUAGGAGCUUCAUAAUUCUGACAUAUCUGCAGAAUCGUAAGACAAAUGCUUACAAGUAUUAAGACUUUGGCGUGCCGAAUAUCUUUUCUCGUUUAUCUUUAUCUGCUUUAAGCUAAUUCUUAAACGCACCUUUUGAAAAAGCACCCCCUUUGUUAAAAUUAGAGGAUUAUGGUUGUAAGUUGGCUGGGAAAUGUUUUAUUUCCGUUCAGACGGCUUAAGACUCAUUUUUAUACCCUGAUCCCAUAAAUGGGUUAAAGGGUAUAACGAGAUUGUGCAAAUGUAUGCAUCUGGUAGAGGGAAGCUUCUUCAACCCCGUAAAGUAGUAUUUAUAUUUCUGUUCGGAAUGUGCAGCUGAGUUGAUCCAGCCAUGUGUAUCUGUCUGUCCGCUUGUCAAUGUGUUAAAUAUCUAGAGACUUGCAAUUUAGAAUAUAUGUUCUCCCGCAGAGCAAGGAUUAUUUUUUUCUUUCCAUCGAUUAUAAAACAUGCUGACUUUAGCAAAGGUUGAAACUAUAAUAGCUGGAUUCCUUAAACUUGGUGUGUCUCAUAUGGUAUUUUCAGAUUUGGAAUAUUUCAUUUUAAAAUAUAUUGAUGCUUUUGGCGACCUUUCCAUAUUUGAAAUAUAUGCCCAAAAUCCUGACAAAAUUGAAAAAAAGUGAAUUCUUAAUGACAACGCCUUGCACUUUGAUAUGAACACAUAUUUGUAGGUCAUAUUUAAGCCCUGAAUUUUAGGAUUAUGAACGACGAAGCUCAUCGAGAAUGCAUUUCUCAUAAAUAGUGUGGGGAGGAGGGAAGGAGAAGCACGUCAGUGCAAAUGUACAGAAGGAAGUUAGAAUGUUUGCAAGUAUAACUGGGCGCUGGGUACAGGGUAUCUCAAAGUUGGCCCAACUUCCGACUAGAGCACUCUUUGCUAGAUAUUUGAGAUAUAUAUGUAUAUUCAGACCAUUACCCAAGACAAUAUAAUUAAUCUUAACUACUACUAUUGCUAUGUUAGAAUAUUCUAUUUAAUAAUAUUACUAUCUAAUGUCAACACAAGUAUGCUGUUGAGCGGAAAACAACUGCAAAUGGUAAAUAAUUUCUGGAUUAGAUAAAUUUCCAAGUAACGUGCAGAGAGAGUUGUAAUGUGGACAGAAAUAAAUAAAUAUUUAUCCAUUGUAAAGUCUAUA